AUGGAGAACAUAGAGUCCGAUUUGAAAGAAUCAGAGUUGAAGCAGUCGACUCUACGCAAAGCGUACGACUGCCUUCACGCCCAUGCAACCUCCCUCGCUGUGUUUUCCGUACAGUGGAAGGACCUCGAGGACCAAUUCGAGUCCACGCGUCUCUCCAUCGAGGCCCAACUCCGGGAACUCGAGCACCGUGAGGAGCAAGUCCGAGCCAAAGCCGAGCAGUUGGAAAUCAAAAAGUCGAAGGUCAGCUCGGAGAUGGAGUCGAAAUCCAACAGUUUGCAGGUACUUCAGAAAUUGGUCGACAAAAAAAAGAACCACUUGCUUUCGCUUCAGUCGUUGAUUCGAGAACACAGCAAUGCGGUGAUUGUUCAAGAGAAGAGAUUGGUGGAGGUUGAGGGUUUUGUGAGGGAGAAGGAGAGGGAGUGCGAUUUGAUCAAGAGGCGCGUCGAACAAAGGACGAAAAAAUUGAAUUCGGUCGAGAGAAGUGUGGAGGACAUGGCGUUAAAAGAGAGAGAAUUGAGAAAGGUUCUAGGGUCAAUGGAGGCCCGUAAGGCGGAGUUCGAUUUGAGAGAAGGGGCAUUGAAAUCGGAGAAAAUGGCGAUUCAAGAAUGUGACAAGGAGUUGAAGGUGAAAGCGGAGAAACUUUGUUUGGAGGAACAAGAUAUCUGCUUGCGCAGGAAGUCAAUGGAGGAGUGGUCAUGUAAGCUUGAAUUGAAAGAGAAGGAGAUUGAAUUGAAAGAAAAACGGGUCAAAGAAUCGAGAGAAGAAGGCGAAAAGCAUUUGGAUACACUCUCUCGGGGACUUCAAACGAAAGAGAACAAACUUCGAUACCAGGACAGAGAGAUUGAAUUGAAGCGAAAAGAAUUGAUUUCGAUCAAAAGAUCCACUGAAGAACAUACCCAAAACCUGAAAUUGGAGGAGAGGCGACUUGAAAACCAGGCCAAAGAGCUUGAAUUGAAGCAGAAGGAAUUGGAUUUGAUCAAAAAAUCCACUGAAGAGCGCACUCAAUACCUGAAAUCAAAAGAGAGGCAACUUGAAGAUCAGGCCAAAGAGCUUGAGUUGAAGCAGAACAAAUUUUAUUCGAUCAGAAAAUCCACCGAAGAAUAUAACCAGAAACUGAAAUCGAAAGAGAGGCAACUUGAAGGCCAGAUCAAAGAGCUUGAAUUGAAGCAGAAAGAAUUUGAUUGGAUUAGAAAAGAAAACACCGAAAAUCUGAAAUUGAAAGAGAGACAACUUGAAGAGAAGUCCAAAGAGCUUGACUUGAAGCAGCAAAAAAUUGAGUCGAUCGAAAAAUCUAUUGAAGAACAGGCCCUAAAUCUGAAAUUGAAAGAGAGGCAACUUGAAGAGCAGGCCAACGAGCUUGGAUUGAAGCAGAAAGAAUUUGAUUCGAUCACAAAAUCCACUGAAGAAGACAUGGAAAACCUGAACUCGAAAGAGAACACUGGCAUUCUUUGUUGUCAAGUGAAGAUUGAACAAUUGGAACAUCUCUCUGUCAACAAUGCCAUUGUUCCUUCUUCUGCAAGUAAUCAAUCGAGCAUUGAUAGGGAUGUUAGAGGAUUGCAGUUGAAUGAUCAUUUGAAGAGAUACAAUUUAGUGGGUGGUGACAUCUCAGCCAUUUUUCAUGCGGACCCAGCAAAAUUUGUUUUGGAUGCAUUGCAAGGGUUUUACCCUUCAAAAUCCACCGUGGACAACAGCGAGUCUGAUUGUGAUUUGACUGUGAUUAGGAGGAGUUCUAUUCAUUUGUUAGAGAAUUUGAACAGCAUCUCACCACAUAUUAGCCCACAUGUGAGAGAAGAAGCAAUUAAGUUGGCUGGUGAGUGGAAGGCGAGAGCGGCGAAGGGGGCAGAGAAUUGCUUGGAGGUUUUGAGUUUUAUGAGGCUCGUUACUGCAUACGAAAUCACCUCUGCUUAUGAUACAAAGGAGCUUCAAAGUCUUAUCCCUGAUAUGAUUCAAAGGCUUAUCGAAAAGAAGCUAUUCAUUGAAGCUGUUAGAUGGAUUUGUAUGUUCAAGUUAACUGACAUGUUCCCCCCAGUACCGCUAUUGGAAAAAUUUGUGGAGAAUACAAAGAGGUUUUGCAGGAAAGUUGGCAAGGGAAAGAAAUCACUCGACGAAAAGGAUAAGGUUAUCAAUGACCAGAUAGCUGAUCUUAGAGCAGUGAUUGAAUGCAUCAAAGAUUGCGACCUAGAGGCCAUGUACCCUUUCAGGUGUAUCAAAUCACGAAUAGCUUCACUGGAAUCGAAGGAGAGCCAGAUUGAAGACAAGGCCAGAGAUCUUAAAUCAAAGCAGAAAGAAUUUAUUUUGAUAAAAAAAUCGCUUGAAGAACAAGCUCGAAAGCUGAAAUCAAAAGAGAGGCAACUUGAAUUUCAAGCCAAAGAGCUUGAAUUGAAGCGGAAAGAGUUUGAUUCGAGCAAAAAAUCUACUGAGGAACACAUCCAAAACCUGCAAUCAAAGGAGAAUUACAGUAUUCCUCAUUCUCAAGUGAAGAUGCAGCAAUUAGAUUGUAUCCCUGCCAACAAUGUCGUUGUUCCUUCUUUUGCAAGUAAUCAACCCAGCAUCAAUUGGGAUGGUAGAGGUCACAAACGAAGUACCCCUACUUAUGACCCGGGGUUUCAACCGCAACAACAGCGCGCAAAUAAGUAUCCUCGGACAUCCGAAUCAGCUGUUCCACCCUAUCCAGUGCAAAAUUUCAACCCAGGCUUUCGGCAGCCAAGGCCGCCGUUAUAUUGGCAGCACCACGGGCAGUUUGGUAUGGCUACCAACAACUGUGAAAUUGGUGCUUAUUCCGGCACCGGUUUUGGUGCCAUUCCGACUCCCGGAGUACAUUACUCGCAGCCAUACCGGCCCACCCCUCUUUGGAACAGUGGUCGGUUGGUAAUAUUUGCCAAAAAAGAGGCUGACAACAGACCCACAUUGGAGGUGGUGUUUGAGCCAUUGGAGGAGGAGAAGGAGCUCCUUCUGGUCCCCACUGUCCCUCAUGCGUCUCUUGCUCGCCAAAAAUAUUCUGACCAAUCAGAAGCUCCCAUUUUUAUAUAUGUGGAAUACAAUGUCUCCUAUGUGUACCACGCCAUGUGUGCCUACUUUGACAGAGACAAUUUCAAGAAAACUUGCAGAUUUUUCAAAGAAUCAAGUGAAGAAAGGCAGCAUGCUGAAAAACUUACGGAAUACCAGACCAAACGCGGAGGGAAAGUUAAGCUACCGUCCAUGCGAAUUCCCGUCUCCGAGUUUGGUCAUGUCGAAAAGGGUGAUGCAUUGUAUGCAAUGGAGCUUACACUGGCCUUGGAAAAGAUGAACAAUGAGAAGCUUCUAAAUUUACACAAAAUAGCAAACGAAGACAAUGAUGUGCAACUGGUGGAUUUUCUGGAGAGUAACUAUUUGACUGAGCAGGUGGAAGCCAUAUAGAAAAUGUCCGAGUAUGUAGCUCAGUUGAGAAGGAUUGGCGCCGGACAUGGGUGUUGGCACUUUGAUCAGAUGCUCCUCAAUGGCAAUGCUGCAUGA